GCCCCCUUUUCAUUUCAUCCUCCAUGAGAUCAUAAUGCACCACAAACACACCGAGAGCCGGCUAUUUACGGAGAGUUAGUUGUAAUCAAAGAAAGGAUUAUGGCUUCAGAAGCGGUGGAACUGAAUGGAGACGCUAACAGAAGUGAUUCAAGACCGCGUCCUCGGCAGAGCCAGUUGUCAAGGGACACCCCGAUUAACAUGAACCAUUACGCCAAUAAGAAGAGUGCAGCAGAGAGCAUGCUGGAUAUCGCCCUGCUGAUGGCCAACGCCUCCCAGCUGAAGACCGUCCUGGAGCUGGGACCCACGUUCUCCUUCUACAUUCCUCUCAUCAGCCUCAUCAGCAUCUCCCUCAUCCUACAGAUCCUCGUGGGGGUCUUGCUAAUCUUCAUAGUAAAGUGGAAUCUGAACGACACGCGUAAACACUACAUACUGAAUCUUCUGGAGAACAUCGUCACAGCUCUCGUCUUUAUCAUCGUAGUAGUAAACGUUUUCAUCACAGCAUUUGGCGUCCAAAAACCAAAUGACACGAAAUCAUGACCGCCAACGCGAGUUUAGGAUGUCAUGCAGCUCUACAUAUCCGGACGCGUGUUAUCAAGCACCAAGACAUAUGUCAUGACAUAUUCAAACGUGCCUCGAUGCAAAGGCCUUAUGUUUUGCAGAACCUUUUAUUAGUCCCAAAAUAAGCUGAUAACAGCUUAAAGAAUACAGAUGCAAUUUAAAAAUGCAACUCCCAUGUGAUAAUUUCAUGGGUAAUUGUUUAAUUGUAUAGCUAAAUCAAUGCAUCAGUUUUGAAAUUGAUCUUUACUGAGAUUUAAAAUAGUCAAGACAGAGACUGGACGUAGGAUACCUUUCCAGCCAGAAAUGGGACGUUCACAUUGGACCUUCACACUUCCUGCCUGAUCACCGGAUCAGAUGUCUGUAUAAGAUGAUGGACUCAUUUUAUGUGUGGUUCAACACCAUGCAACUUUCUCGCACACGUACGUUUGUAUUCGUUUUUACUUACAGGUCAUGUUUAAAGGGUUUGCUGCAUGAAGUCUGAGAACAAAGUAACUGCAGUGAAGAGUGUUUAAAUCCAGUAUCAUAAAUGCAGCAUUUUUUACUUGUAUUAACCCAAAAACGUCAGAAAUUGAGGGGUUUGUUUUUUAGAAUUUGUAUAAGAGCGCCAUCUACUGAUUAGACAAAGCGUCUUUUGCCGUUCAAUAGUUUUAUUAUUUUACAUUUUAAUGUUUCGUUUUUUGAUGUUUGUUGUGAUUUGCUACUCAUGUUUAUGUUUCUUGGACGUUUUUUUUAUAUUUUAUAUCGAUAUUGUUUGUAUAAAUGGCCAAAGAUUUGUUUUUCACUUUUAGAGAACAUUAUGGAGUCUUAAAAUAAAAAAUAUAUAUGUAUCAGUAGACCUCUUUAUGUUCAGAACUGCACAC